CUCUCUUUUUUUUUGUCUUAAUGUCUUAUUAAAAAAGAGAGAGGCUCAUGAUGCAGCGAUUGUUCAUAGUUGUUCUAACAGGAUAUGAUAAGAGGAACUCAUUUGUCUCGUGGACACGCCAUAAAAUAAACGUAGCUGUAAAUUAGUGGUGCAGCUAACGAUUAUUUUUGACAACGAGUUCAUGAUCAUGUGUUUCCAGAUUAAUUGUUUUGUUUAUUUUCAAUUAUAUAUAUAUAUAUAUAUAGCAUACCAGAAAAUAUUUAUUUGCAUUUCAUUGAAAUAGAUACUACUCCAGAGCUCAGCGUGAGAAUAUUACCAAGUGCUUGUCAAUCAGAUACAAGACCCCCACACUAAUGCAAGGUGACUGUAUUCAGUACAUGGUUUUACUGGUUCUGUACAUGUUUUUCAACUAGACAUCUUGCGCAAACCCCGAUUUGUACAAUUCUGACCAAACAAAUUCGAAAUAAAGACCGAGUAAAUAUCCGCUGCCCGACCUACUAACUUGAAACGUUUGAGGCAAAAUUAAUUUUGUUUGCUCCGAGCGGUGAGGCGAAUGCAUGAAUGUGUACGUUGACUCUUAGUUUUUAAUACCUGGAAUUAAUAGGAUCGACUUUAACGUAAGCCAAAAGCGGGAUGACUCGACGACAGAAAACACAUGUAAAAAUAUAUAUAUCGUGUAUGCUAUAAAAAUGUAAAACUGUAGUAUUUAUUAGCGCUAUAAGGUGAAAAGGAAAAAGUAAUCGAUCACAAGCUGAUUUGAUUUGAAUAGCUUUGCUACUCGUCGCCCAACGCUGUUAUGCACAUGCCGUGUGAUUCGUGUUUUGCCGUGAGAGAAAUUUAAUCUCGUAAUCAUCUGUUCGCGAACACGUGCUGUCAUUUUUUUAAAUCCAGUUGUCAUUAAAAACUACCCAACGUUUUUGCUAAAGUCUCACAAGAUAAUGUUUUCUGACGGGACAAGAAAGAUAGGUAAAUGUGACCAUGACUGCCAUACAGCUAGAAAACUAGCUAGGACGCAAUACACAGCAGUUUAUUUAAAAAGGUUCAGCCACAAACAACCGGUUAAAAUUGAAAUGUUACUCUUAUGAAGACGCAGGUUACGUCAUGAGGCCAGCAGCACGGUGGCAUGUGAAGUGCUUUGAUACUUUAGAGCAGGCCGUACUGUUUACUGUUAAAUUGUUGUGUAAGAGGAUUGAAACACUUUGGGACAUGCUGUUAGAGGAAAAGAGUCAACUCCGGGGUGGAAACAGUAAUUCCACUUCACGUCAGGCUGCAUCAUGACACCACCACACGUCAGGAGCGGAUAAGCUCUACAGUAUGGCUACACAGUUGUCCCCUCCCUGGAAAUUGAUAGACAUGUUUUGUUUCUCUUAGUCCCCUCUGAAAGUAUUGGAACGGCAUGGCCAGUUCUUUUGUUUUAGCUAUACACUGAAAACAUUUCGGUUGGAGGUCAUGGAGAAGAUGAAUCAGACGAUGGAUAUAAAAAAAUUCAACUUUCAUUUCCUGAUAUUUACAGCUCGAUGUGUUCAACAGCUUAGAACGUGACACCUUUUUGUUUGAACCCACCCAUUUUUCAAGUGCCACCAGAGCCGGCAUGUUCUGAGUUGUUGGACACAUUUUAGACGUAAAUAGCAGGAAGCGAAGGCUUCUGAUCCGUCAGAUCAUAUUCAUCUUAUGAUCUCCAACCCAAAUGUCUUCAGUUUGUAGCAAAAACAAUGUAAUUGGCCUUGCCGUUCCAAUACUUUCGGAGGGGAGUGUAACUAGCUUGCCGUACAUCGUUAUGUUAGCUGCUGCGGGGGUUUUUUCGUUUGUUUUAAAUAACCUAAACAUGGGACUGGGCAACACAAUGGAGCUUUUACUUGCCCAAGGGGUAGAUUGAUUAAUUCAUUGGACUUCCUUGCUUAGGUUCCAAGUUGUUAUUCUUGUUGAACCUAAUUAGUCUCAUCUCCACCUCCGUGGCUCUCUGGUGCCAUCCACAAAGAUUUCAGAUUGUGUUAGUGUUCUCAGGUACUUGUUUGUAUUCAUUUAUUCAUUAGUGUUUGGAAGCUUUCUUUGCCGUCUACUCCAAACUCGAGGCCUGUGUGAAUGGGCAAAAUAAACUACCGCACAACACCCCAGAGCCGUAGUGUUGUGGCCGAGCACGUUCAGCGCACAUCGCUGUAAAGCAUGUGCAUGAUUGCGUCUUUCGGUGCUGAAGUGUGUGUGUGUUCCAAUCAACACUCCAUUUGACGCGAGUACGACUUGGAACGAUUCAGAAACGUGUCUGCUGUUCGCAGUGGCGUAGCUGUGAACUACAUUCUGCGGGGUCUUGACCGUAGAUUUACAUUUAGAAUACCCUCUGAGAGUUUUAGGACGGCAAGGUCAAUUCUAUUGUUUUUGCUAUUCACCGAAUUCAUUUGGGUUUGAGAUCAAAAGAUGAGUAUGAGAGAAUAGAUCAGAAUUUCAGCUUUCAUUUACUGAUAUUUUACGUCUAGUUUUGUUAAACCACUUGGAACAUGGCACCUUUUUGUUUGAACCCACCUGUUUUUCGAGUGGUCAAAAAUAUUGGAACACGUGACUUAACAGGUAUUUCUUGUUACCCAGAUUUGCCCUGUUAGAUUGAUUUGUUUAAACAGUUAAUAGCUCUGAAUGUCUAAGCAUGGUCUGAUACCUGGGAUUCACCUGUGAAGACUGCAUUUGUUGUUAAAAAGGAUAAACCAACAUGAAGAUCUGAGAGCUUGCUAUGGGAGAAAAGCAAGUCAUUCUGAAGCCGAUAAGAAAAGGGAAAAUCUAACGGAGCCAAUGCACAAGCAUUAGGCAUAGCCAGUACAACAAUAUGGAAUGUCCUGGGAAAAGAAGAGGAAGACAGCAGUUGAUGGAAAUAUUGUGAAAGCUGUAAGGGAAAAACCCUUAACCAACGAUCUCCACCGGGCCGGAGUGAAGCAUCACAAUCCACCAUUCCAAAAAAACUUUGAGAGCAGAAAUAUAGAGGCCAUACUACAAGAUGCAAACCACUCACCAGCACCCUGCCCCACCCCCAUUUAUUGCAAGCAAGUGAUAUGCAAACAAAUAUUAAGUGUUGCGUAAGAUUAUCUGUUCCUAUACGUUCGUUCACCAAAGAAAGUUUGGUCUGCCACCAAAAGUGCCUUGUUCUAAUUAUAUGUAAAUAUCAGGAAAUGAAAGCUGUAGUUCUGAUCUAUUGUCUCAUUCAUUUUCUGAUAUCAAACCCAAAUGUGUUCAAUAGCAAAAUAAACAGAAUUGGCCAUGCUGUUCCAAUACUUUCAGAAGGGGCUGUAAAAAAAAAAAAAAAAAAUUAGUAAUAUUAAUUUCUGGAUUCACACUGGCUCUUACAACACUACUGUACACUUUAGUCCUCUAGAACUCAAUGAAAAAUCUUGUAUGGUAGCACGACUUGUAUCGCGCACAAGAUUGGGUGGAAAAUUCAUGGCGUCACCGUCCGCGUCAUAUCGCUCUGCUCGUAUUUCCUCAUUUGUAAGUCGCUUUGGAUAAAAGCAUCUGCUAAAUGCAUAAGUGUAAAUGUAACCUACAUUGAUAAUGUUGCCAUAAAAUAUCUUAAUGACAGCUCCACUGAACAUAAUGACAACGUAAAAAAAAACCCAACAGAUUUAACUUUUGUAGAUUUAACUGCGGUUAUAGCUCAGUUACUGCACCAAAGAACAAUGUUAUUUGACACACACCUGUAUAUCAUGUUAUGUUAACCUCCAUGAAGAAACAUUUAAGAAUAGGUUCUGUUAUACCUUCUUUUUUUCUAGGAAUGUCCUAAUAACCGUAGAUUAUGGCCCUUCGAAGGUUCACAAACAUGCUGAUGUGGUCCGGACUGAAUUUGAGUUCGACGCCAUUGAUCCAGGCCAAAAAAAAACCAAAAAAAAAAACCAGGGGAUUCUCUGCCCUAUGUAGUACAUUAUGUUAAAAUUGCGAGCCAUGUGGGAUUCACUUAAACUCUGAUAACUUCAGGAAGAUCAUGUCAUGGGGCCUGAGAACAACUAUUGAUCAAAGCCACAGUUCGACAUCAGUCUGUAGACACAUCCCUGAAACAUGGUCAGUCUAGUAGAAAAUGUUAUUUAAAAAUGCAUUAUUGCUUAAAAAAGCCAUUGGCUUGUGGAACAGAGAAAACAGCGGUAUAAUUUUGGGGUACUCCAAGUUACGCACAAGGAGGAGCUGGGAGAGACCAUGGGUGGGGACAGCGAUGGGGGGUCAAUGUGGCUGUGUCCUUUGUGUCAACAAGGUCAAUUAGACCGCGAUGGUCUUGCGUUGCACCUGGCCGAAAAACACAGCGUGCUUCCUGCUUGCCUUGAUAAGCUAUUGGACAUUGCUGCUCCCAAGAACUGUUCCAGUGACGAAGACGGAGAGUCCGGUGCACAAAAUGAUCUCAAUGGCACUUCACAGCAGCAGUGUUCAGAAAAUUCGCCUUUAGUGGAGUCUCAGAAUGAAGCCAUGUCUAGUGUAACUGACCAAGAUGGUUCCUCCCAGGAAAAAGAGGUGUGUGAUGAAUUGGGAGGAGUGGGAAAUGAGAACGAAUGGAGGAACAUGGAAUCAAAUCAGGAUAAUGUUACCCAGCCUGAAAGAUCUGAAGCUUCGGUCAAUGAUGAUAAAUCCAAUGAUAAAAGCAGUGCUGCUGCCGAUGGUGAUGUUACCCACCCUUUCAAGUGUCACGCAUGUUUGGAGUUCUUUCCCUCUAGAUCGGCAUUGAGUGUACAUUAUAAUUCAGCCACCCAUAUCCAAAGGAUGAGAACAGGAGCAGGGAAUGAUGGUGAUUCCUCAACCCCUAUUCUUGCUCGUCCUUACAUCUCAAACAAACCGUACCAGUGUGCAGUGUGUCGUGUCUCUUAUAAUCAUGCCAUCACCCUGGAAAGUCAUUUAAAGUCUGUAUUGCAUCAGAGUCGUAGCAGGAAUGCUGGAAACGCUGCAACUAAUUCCACAACAAAUGCAGGAAAUGGAAAUGUAGCAGCAAAUGUGGCAGCCACUACUGUGGCUAAUACCACACAGUUAGCUUAUGUUACAACCAGUAAUUGUGUCACACAAACAAGCCUGACUGCAUCCCAAGCGAUGACCAAAGAUGAAGAACAGGUUAAGCCUCAGCCUGCACCCUCAUUGCUUUCCUCCCCAGUGGCCUCAGCUCAGGCAGUAUCGGCUUUUCUUACUCUCUUAACCUCUAGUCCAAACUCUGUUCCACACUCCAUCCUCCCCUCUCUCUUUGCUGCUGGAACAGGUGCUGCACCAGGCACAACAAGUCCUCAGCUAAUAACCCAGCCUCAAAUGCUUAUGCCCCUUAUCUUGAAUGGACUCCAACCUCAGAGUCCAACCUCAGAAUCCUCGAAACAACUUUUGCAGCAAACGCUUCCAGUCCUUGGUCUCAGCUCAGCACAACAGGCUCUCUUGGCCCAAGGACUCGGUGGUUUGCAGAAUCAGUGGGCUGCUUUUAGACUCAGCAAUGCAGCCCAGAUGCCUUCAGAAGAGAAUGACAGUAGUGCUGAUAAGGGAGCAGGCACAAAAGUAAAAAAUGAGGAACCACAACAGGAGUCUUGUGAUCAACAAGUGCCACAGACGUCUGAAGAAGCCUGGACCACUGAUGAUGGUUCAUUGAAAAGCGAUGUGAAUAAGGGAGAGGUUACACAAGAGUGCAACAGCUUAAAAUUUGAGAAUAAAGGUGUUGAGGAUACCAUGAUAUGCACUGAUGAGAAUCAAGAGAAGGAUGAUAUUGAUAUGGAAAGUACAGUUGAAGAGGGGGGUCUGGGAAAAAAUACAAAAAGUUCAGAUGCAAAUAAAGACUCGGCAGGCCAGGACUUUCAGUGCAGUUGCCCUUCAUCUUGUCUCACUGAAUCUUGUCAGUCUCCCACACACGGUGAUAAAAAUACUGUUAAUAAUUCAGAAGUAAAACGUAGUCCUGCAAAAUGCAACCCCUUGAACACUAACCUUGCCUUAACGUCCUCACAGCAUAAGAGUGACAAGGCUCAUGCAAUCUUGUCCUCACGACCUCCAGUACUAACUGAGUUUCAGUCUCAGGUUCUGUGGGCCUUUAUUGAGUCACGAAAUGAGGCUGAUUCAGCAAUUCCACCAAGAGAGGACUGUGAAGCCCUUGGAAGGGAAGUAGGACUAACUGAGGAUGAGGUACGAAGAUGGCUAGUCGACGCCCGCCGUGCCAAAGAGAGACGUGGUGCAGAAGCAAUGGAGCAUGAUGAAAUAGAAGGAAGCAUUGAAGAUGACGAAGGUGCUCUAAUGAUAGAUGAAAGCGAAUAUGGACAGAGUCCAUCAGCUGGCAGUAGUCACGCGAUGGAUCUCUCUAACAGUUCUGAAAUACACAAAGAAAAGGUAUAUGGCCAAAACCAGGGGGACUUGUGCUUAACUUCUGACUCAGAAAAUGAAGAAUUCUACACUUCUGUUAUCGUGACAGACGAGGAGAGCCAAAGUAGCUCGUUGAAAGAAGAUCCAGGUAGCCCAGUUAAACAGCCUUCACAGAUAGAAACAUCAGGGGAAAGGUCAAGCGGUGGAGGAAAGGUUCUCCGCUCCACCACAGUCUUUCUUUCAGAUGCAGAGGAUGAAGAUGAAGAUCAGAGUGCAAAAAACAAAAAGAGAAAGCGGGAGCUAGAUAAGGAGGAAUCCGAAUGCAAAAAGGAGAGGCAUGAUGCUGAUCUUGACCUUCAGUUAGAAGCACAAGCUGAUCCUCCUACUCCUCUUUCGGUUACAGUUGACCAUCAGGGUCUUCCAGCUGGAAUCUUGCAUCCUUUGCCUCUUUCCCUUUCUCUGGCCCCAUUUUCUACUCAGUUAUUCAGUCCCUAUGUCCUUUCAGUUCCGUCAUCUGUUGUUGGAGUUGGUGUUUCUGAAGCAGACCGAACCAAAGUAGCAACCUUCACAAGUCCCCCAACUAUUACUCGCACUCAAGCUCCAUUUUCUGACCCACUUCAUGGAGCAGCCAUUGGUUCCCUUGUGCAAUCCACCCAAUUCAUAUCCAAUGGCAGUGAAUGCGAGUCUGCCUUAGAUCUCAGUAUAGGGAAACAUCAAAGUUCCACAACAACCACAUCUGUCUCAGCAAACAGCAAGGUAUCUAUACAAAAGACUGCUUUGCUUGAUGGUCUUGGAUUAAGGCCUACAGCUGUUGGUGUCCCUGCAGAUGGGAGUCUUAUUGUUGUUCAGGUAAAGCCUGAUACUGCCAUUACAAUCCCAAACUCCAACACUACCAUUAGUAACCACAAUAACUUGGCUAAGACAAGCACAGUGUUCAUGAGGGCUGCCGAGAAAGUAAAUGCCUCCUUAAAAGAGAGUGAACAAGACAAGUCAAGAGACCAAAAAAGAACUAAUGCAAGAAGGUUCAGGGACAUGAGAAGAUCCAGGACAAUUAUUCAGGCUGACCAGCUGGAUGUGCUGUAUGGAUGUUAUUUCAAAGACCCAAACCCAGGAAAGCAUGAAUUUGAACAAAUAUCAGAGUGGGUGCACCUGCCAAAGAAGGUGGUACAGAUUUGGUUUCAAAACAUGAGGGCUAGGGAGCGUAAAGGGGAAGUUCGCUUCAUCAGUGAUGGCACGUUGGCAGCUGUCGGUAAACCACUUAUAAAGUUUACUUGGCCACUAAAUAAGCCCAUUUUUUCAAGUACCCCCAAAUCCAACUCAAGCCCAACAACUGGUUGGGUCCCACCUAAGUCUCAAACUAGCAAUGACACCCAAAAGGCAGAAAAGCUUUUGGAGGUCAAAGAACCACAGAAAAUCCCUAUCCAUGGUCUGACCAGGCCAAAGGAAGUGGCAUCAACUACCACUGCCAGCAGUACAACAUCAGCACCCAAGACAAAAGGUGAACCAGUGAAUGCAUUUACAAUGGUGAAAAUCGCCCCCAAAACUGUGGCCCCAUUAGUUACAGUUCCAAUACUGACCAGUAGUGCUGCCAUUCCCCCAAACCCUCAGAAGACCAAGCUGGAGGGACAGAGUGAAGCAGACAGGACCGAGGAGAAGGAUGGACAAGAUCAAGACAAAAACACCCCUGGGACAACCAGCCGCAUGGUUCCAAAAGUAUCCACUACACCAAUGAGCAAAUCUCUGACUGUGGCAACUCAGAAACAUAAUGGCAUGAAUUACUGGUCUCAGAAGGGUCCAAUUAAGAUCAAUACUCUGUCCAGGGAACAGCUGGGCCUGAGCACCCCACGCCCUAUCAUCACUUCAACUUCAGUCGUAACUCCAUCCAUGACAGUUACUUCACCACCAUCCAGCCAAAACCAAAAAGAAGCCAAUUACAUUCAGCAGCACUCCGCCCCGAGAAGACCACGAACACAUUUGAACUGUCUGCAGCUGUCCAUUCUCCAGUCCUGCUAUGAGACCUGUGCCCAUCCUAAUGCAUUAGAGUGUGAAGCAGUGGGGACCGAGCUUGGUCUUCCACUGAAAGUGGUGCAGAUCUGGUUCCAAAACACACGUGCCAAGGAGAAGCGUUGGAGGCUACAGCAAGAGAAACUGUCUCCUAGUUCCAGUGACCCUUCCAAGAAGUUGGACAUCAGCUCGGGCACUUACCUGCAGUACAAUGCGCUCCGAGCAAACCGUCCAAUUCUGCCCAAACCAGUACAACUGACAGUUCUGGAAAGUUCUCCGUCACCUGCCGCGGGUCAGCCAACAGCUCGUGAAACACUAAGAGGGAAGUGCGACGUGUGUAACAUAGAAUUCGAGUCCAGAGCCGCUGCACGAGACCACGUUUUCUCUCCCCGGCAUCUUGCAACACUGAGAACCACUAACUUUGGUCAGUCCGCGACGCAGAUUAACAACGGAUCAGCUGGCAUUGUGAGCCAGGCUUCUUCGAGAUCACCAGCUAGCAGCACUAGCUAAGAAAUGAACUUCAGCUGCUUAAUUAAGUGGACCCACUCGGCUCUUAUACUUUUAAUCGGCAAUGAAAAGGUGCUCGUUUUUAAAGCUAACGCUCUUUUAAUUCUGCACCAUUACAGUGGGCCUGAAUGAACUCUCCACUUUUGGAUGUCGGCGAGAUUUGAUCCUAAACAGAACCUUAUUCCGAUCACUCGCUGCCACAUCAUUUCACUAAUAAUAAUCAAAUGAAUUGGUUAUACUGGACAUGCAAUUGCUUAUGUUGUAACGGUCUCGUUUUAUGUCUUUCACUGCUUCGUCUCUGUUUUACAUCUGUUUCUUUUGUGCUUGUUUAUUAUCCUUUCUUGCUAAUUUGAAACACUCUGGCUGUUUGGGGGGGGGGAACCUAGCAACGGGCCACCUGAAACUCAUCAAAAGUUAUUCGGUGAUGUUACAUACAUGGUACUGCUUUUGCUUGAGCCUAAAUGGUGUUUUAAUUCAGAAUUCUUAUGUUUUGAUCAAAUUUUAAUCGAGUUAUUAAACGUCAUCAGCGGGGAGGUUUUUGUUUUUAUUUGACUGACGAAGUGAAAAAGAUGAUGGGUGUAUCAAAAAAAACUCCAUGUAGCUGAUGGGAAGUUUUUAAAGAUGGUAGGCAAGCGUCGAUACUAAAAUGUCACGACGAUUGCUUUUUAGCACAUUUUACAAUAUUAUCGCAAUAUAGAAUCAGAAAUAAGCUUUCGGACAUUUAUGGAAUAAGCUUAUGGCUGUUAUGGAAUUCUAGUGAACAGAAUUAUGGGAUACAUGCAAUGCCGCUUCAGAUUUGCUCAGAAUAAGGGCCCUUAGAAGACUGAUGUGUUUAUAUUGCUUUCCAUACGGAAGAGUUAGUCUUGGGGCCAAAAGUGCUGCCUAAGUAGGUAGCCUCCUUCCAAAUGAAAGGCAGUGGCGAUUAUAUCAAGUGUCCACAAUAAUAUCGCGAUGUAUCGUUAAAUAUCGGCGCGCGCACACAAAUAAGAACGUGUAUAUUUGUUUUGUUUUAAAAAAAAAAAAAACGAGGGACUUGGCGAGCGCUUCGAAAUCCAGACGCUCGAGGAGGCUGUUAAUGGAACGACGGCUCCUCCGUUUGCCAUCAUGACAAUCAUACAUUUUUUCAUUUUUAAUUUUUUUUUUUUUCGAACUCCACCGGCUAAAUCUAAAAAUGUCAAACGGUUGUCGUGCAGCACUUUCUUCCUUUAAAGGUCUGAAAUAUUUUAAGGUUUCCAUACUGCUUGGAAUAAAUGUUUGUAUUAUAGUGAUUUACUGUAUGUCAGAUUUUACUGAAGUGUUGCCAGCUUUUGCUGUAUUUUAUUAACAUGUGGACAGGAAAGGAUCAGACCUAGCCGCUGUGCAAAAAGCCAAAGUUAAUUCUAUAUGCUAGCGCAAUUUUAAAUGAUUUUGAUAUAAAUUUGUGAAACAACAAAAUUAUAUUAAUUGUAUUUCUUCACCUUUAUUUUAUUUUAUUUUUUUUGGUCCCUCUUCAGUUUGUCAUAACCCUAAUGUAUUACAAAUAAUCACUGCUUGCAACAGGUUUUUAUGGGAGAGAAGUCAUUUUAUACCCUUUUACUCAUUGUGUUUUAUGUGGGUGCAAACUGAGUACUUGUACUGGGGUAGGAACUACUCCCACCCCCCCACCCCCCAUGCAUCUCCAGCUGACCACGAGGUACUUUCUGUGGUUUUUGACAAGUGUAUCAAUUUGUUGAUGCGGAAACUACUCAGUGCGACAAUGUGAGUUUGAAGGAAACGAAAUACUAAAGAGAACUGUCAUUUCAUUUCAUUUUUUUUUUUUUUUUUUUUUUUUAAAGUUGUAUAUUGUUAUUCUUAUUAUUAAUGUUACUAUUAAUAGUUUAACAAGAUGCAAAACUAAAAGAUAACUUUUUAAAAGGAACUCUAUUAUGAAAAUGGUAUUCCAAAGUUAUUCAUCUUUCUCUUGCUUUCUGUCUAAAAAAAAAAAAAAACAAAAACAAAAAAAAACAAACAAACCAAAAAGCAUUUUGAGAGAGAGUUUUGUAAUGGAUCUCCCACACCUUGACACUUUUUCAGCAAGUCCAGGAAGGACUUUGAGAUAUCGAGCUGAAAACGCGUGUGUUUCAGCCAAAACAAAGUGGAGCACUUGGAUGCGUGAUGAUUCAGAGGCGUGUGGCUUUUUUUUUGUUUGUUUUUUAACGCACCUCCGUUAUUUUUUAUUUUUUUUAAAAAAACACUCUGUGUUGAGCUGUAGCUCAUGUUCACUGAGCAUGACCUGAACGCAGUGCGAAACAAUGGGAUCACAGUGUUGCACUGUUUGGUGUCGAGAGGUGGUGCAGAGACCUGCUUUUUGACUGAUUUUAUGAUUUUUUUUUUUUGUUUCCAUUAACACUUAUCACUUGUUAUAACUACUACUUGCUAUUGUUUUCAUUACUAUUAUCACAGUUUGAUUAUUAUUAAUUCAUUACGGUUUUUAAAUAGCAUCUUUUAUCUUCCUUGAGAUGGUCUUGGUAUACUGCAAACUGAUGGUGAAAGUGUUGUUAUGAAAUAGAAUAUUGUUUAAGCUUGUUUUCCCCUUUACUUCUACCUUCAUUUUUGUGUUGGAUUUCCUUUUGUUUUCUUAUACAGAAAAAUAAACUGAACUUCACUUA